AUGGCCCAACACUCAACAGACAAGGACCAGGUGUGGUUGGAACCACGUCCUCGGCCUCGUGGGACUCGUCGCACGUUGGACUGGAAAGUUUUCUGGCGUCUCAUCCAUACCAAGAAGCUGUGGUACGGCCCGAAAGACGUGGAUGUGCGUGCUUUCUUCUAUACUUUCCACUCCCUCGGCAGUAUUGUUAGCUCUUCUUGCUUGUGCGAAUCAGCAGGCAGCCUGCUGAAGCACUUUUCACGUGGUAAUCCAGACACGAGAAGGAUCGUGGAAAGAACAAUCUUGAGGCUGGCUGCUGUCUCAGGAGACGGCACUGACGACGCCAUCAUUUUGAGGACGUGGCUGGAGACAGUUGCUUCCCCGGACAAGCUCAAUUUCAUUGGUUCGAGCAUGAAAGCUUACAAUAAGAACUUGGAGCGCUGGCCCUUGGGUCAAGGAAGCAAAACAAUCCACGGCAUGAGGAAGGCUGCACUGAAUAAGAAGGGCAGCAAAACGCAGUGGACAGUGAAGCGUGUCAAGAAGAUUCCACGGGUUGCCGCCAAAGUGUUGCAAGUUGCACGGUUAAAGGCAUCGUUGCACCGAUGGGCCCGAGCAGCUGCAGGUGACAAGCGGCAGCAGCAGCCGCUGGCCGCCAGCAGUGCUCUCCGGCCACUGCCGGAGCGCCUGGAUCGGAGGGCCUCGGACACUGCUGCGCGGCUGGAGGCUCUGCGCGUGGCGGACGCCGAGCGGGCUGCGCAGUUGGCAGAGCUGCUUCGGAACUUCGCCGAGCUCGGCGAGGCCCGCAAAGGCCUGCAAAGUCAGCUGGAACAGUGCCAGUCCUCCACGAGGCUCCUGCAGGACUCCUCCCAGCGGACGGAGGCGCGAUUGGAGAAGGUGAGUGCCCUCGCAUCGCAGAGCCAUGAAGGCCUCGCGGAAAUGAAGGCCUUUGCCCGCGAUGUAGCAGACAAGGCAGCGGCCCAGAGCCGCGAACAGCUCGAGCAGCGCGCCGGGGAGCUGAAGGAGCUCGUGGAGCAGCGCAGCUCCGAGAGCUCCUCCCGCAUGGAGGCUGCCAAGGCCGCAGAUGCUGAGCAAAACGCCCGAGCAGAGCAGCUUGCGAGAGAUCUCGUCGAUCUGCGCCGAGGCCUGAUGUCCGAGAUCGAGAAGUGUCUGGCAGCCGACCGGCAGCUGGAAGAUGCACUCAAGCGAAGCAGCCAGGAGGUUGCCAGAUGUGGCGAAGGCCUCGGAGAAGUCCGCAGCUUCGCACGCGAGACGGCGGAGAAGGCAUCCGCGCAGCUCAAGGAAGUCCUGGAGCUCCGAGCCGGGGAGCUCAAGGAGCUCUUCGAAAAGCGCGCCGGCGAGGGCGACGUCAAGCUGGAGGCCCUCCGUGCCCAGCAGCGAGAGCUGCGUGAGCAGGUUGGUGAGGUUGGCCGCAACUGCGACGACUUGGCCGAGGCACGACGAGGGCUCCUGGCCGAUGUCGAAGAAGCGCGGACCUUCGACAGAAGGCAAGACGAUGCCCUCCAGCGCCUUGCAGCCCGCGUCGACCGCCUUGGGGCCUCCUCGGCCGAAAUGUCGCAAGGCAUCGCAGAGGUGCGCCUCUACGUGCGCGAGUCCGCGGAAAGUGUCGUGGCACAAACCAAGGCCAGGCAGGACGCUUCUGCCGAGGACGCAAAGGCAACCUUCGAGGAGCUCCGAACGCAACUCCAGGCCAGCAUGGCGGUGUGCCGAAACGAAGCCGGAGAGCGCGAGACACGCCUGGCGGCGCGGCUCUCUUUCGCCACCCAGGAGGCGCAGGAGCUUCGGGGAGGCUUGGAAGAGCACAGCCGGCGCCAGGAGAUACUGGGCGCAGAGCUCCGACAGAUCUUGGAAGAUCGCGUCGCGAAGGUGAACUGUGACAUCCAGGAGCAGAAAGACAUGCUCCAGUCCGCCAAGGACGGUUUGCGCAAGUACAUCGGCGAUGCCCUCCGCAAGUCUGAGCAGAAGCUCCAGGACUCACCUGGCAACAAGUUCGAGCCCUGCGCAGGCACCACGGCACUGCGAAUGGGAAAGAACGAUCAGCCAUGGGGAGAUCAUUCCUAUCAUUUGUGGCGUGGCUCCUGGCCUGUUUCGCCGCGUACGCGACAUGGUCAACCUGCCCCGUGGAAGAAAGGCCAGGAGAAAGGCCGCUCUUCCAACAGCUUCCCGGCUUACGAUGCCGUCGCACCGCAACAAACUCCGACUCAUGCUUCCAUCCCGGUUGUGACCUUGGACGAUGGAGACGCGGACCCCGGAUCUUGCAUGGUGCCGAGUAUGCAGAAGGCUCUGAACACCUGCCGGAAGGCGGAACAGCGGCUUGCCAAGUUGCUGAAGGACAGACGUGUAUCCACUCAGCAAUGGGAUAUUUACGUCAAAAAAGCCAAGGCGGCUUACGUGAAGGAGAAGACGAGACAUCUCCGAGCACUCGAAGCCUUCGACAAAGAGCUCCGAACAGCACAGCAGGCGCAGGAGGAGGCGAGGCAGAUGGUGUGCAUGGUGGCGCACCACCACGCAAUGGGCUCGGCACCUGCCGAAAACACCGAGGUGGAAGGAGGAGCCGAGUGGGACGCGAUGAUCGCGGAGUGGGAGCAGGAGCAGGAGUUCGCGGACGAUGGCGUCCUCCAACGUGCUAUGGCUGCCGCGAGGAAUGUUUCUACACCGAGGCCCCCCCAAGACAGGAUCCCUCGCACGCCGGUCCCGGAGAGCGGUGCGCGAAAGGGCGAGCCGGAGCCCACCUAUACUGCUGUGUCCCCGGACCUGGGCCGUGCACGUGUGGAUCCUUACCCGGCCACCACACCGGGAGCUACGAAUACCCACACUCCAUUGAGCAAUGCCCAAUUGGGAGCCGCCAUCCCGGAGGAUGUGACAUCUCCGGGGCUGACAGGCAUGCGAGAUCGGAGCUCUCGUUCAGAGCAACGAAAGGGCAUCAAAGAGCAGUCGAAGACGAAGCCGCAGGUGACAGAGGUGCACGGGAAUAUCGAGGACAAGCUCCAGAGGCGGCGUGCCCUCACGCCUUUUGGGCUACCGGCCACUACCACGGAAUCCGCCAGACCAUCUGGACCGAGCUCAACAGUUCCCUUCGUGAACGACGACGACGACGAGUCAGACUUCGCAGAGGCGCUUACGGCCGAGGAAACAGCAAGGCUGAUGCAGCCCAAGGGUGCUCAUGGUGGCGCCAAUGCGGAGUAA